GCCGGGAUCUGCCCCCCAGAGCUCAAGUCAGAUGACAACACACAGCACUCACUGACGGGAGGAUUUGCAUACAGUUCGUUGCUAUCAAUAUAAAGCAGCAAUGAACGACAAAGAUUAUUCACCUUUGAGCACAGCCUGCGUUAGAGCACUACAGGACAAACUCUAUGAAAAGAGGAAAGCCGCCGCUGUGGAAAUCGAAAAAAUGGUUCGUGAUUUUCAUGCUAGCAACAACACCAUGCAGAUUAAAAAGUUGCUAAAAAUACUUGGGCAAGACUUCGCGCUUUCGCCGAAUCCUCAUUACCGCAAAGGAGGACACAUCGGAUUAGCGGCGGUUGCCAUUGGCUUAGGCCCUGAUUGUGCUCAGUAUGUACCUGAAUUGACCGAGCCUCUGCUUGCCUCUUUCACCGUCAAUGAUGCAAGGGUUCGAUAUUAUGCCUGUGAAGCUAUGCACAAUGUUGCUAAAGUGGCCCGUCAUGAAAUCUUACCUAGCUUUCCUCAAGUAUUUAAUGCGUUAAGUGUCCUGGUCGCAGACCUUGAUUUAAAUGUUCGGAGUGCAGCAGAGUUACUCGACAGAAUACUUAAGGAUAUUGUGACUGAGAGUCAAACUUUUGACUUGACCAUACUGAUUCCACUCCUAGGAGAGAGAAUUUACGCCAAGAGCAAUUUUUCCAGAGAGUUUAUAUUAUCUUGGGUGUCUCUCUUGCAUCAACUUCCAAAAUUGGACCUCAUUGUUUACUUACCAGAGCUCCUUGACGGACUUUUUAAAAUUUUGGAAGACCCAGCUCCUGAAAUUCAACAAAGAUGUGACAAUGUCCUGGCACAAUUUUUGAGGACAAUAAAAAAGAAUCCAUCUCAGGUUGACUUUCAAAAGAUGAUCAACGUAUUGAUCCUUCACGCACAAUCUCAGUAUCAGUCUCUGCAAUUAACAGCAAUAACCUGGGUAAAAGAAUUUGUGCAGCUCUCUGGCCCGAGCAUGUUGCCUUACACUUCGAGCAUCCUGACUGCAGUUCUUCCUUGUCAUUCUUAUGAAAACGAGGAGAGAAAGAAUAUAAAAGAAACUGCCAAGGCUGUUAGCUUUAGUCUUCUUCGCCUAGUCUCUCAGCAAGCUGAAAAUCCUACUGAUGAUCCAAAGUACAAACUCGACACAGAGAGUGUCAUUGAGGUUCUUGUUCGUAGCAUAGGUCAUGGAUCCGCAACACCAAGUAAAGUUGCAGCACUCACUUGGAUUCUUCAUCUCAACAAAAAGAUGCCCAGCCAAGUAAGCAAGAAACUGCAAGAAUCAUCUAAUGUGCUAGUCGGAGCACUUUCGGACCCUUCAGAUGAAGUUGUGCGUCACACAUUGGCCGUCCUUGCUUCCCUCUCAGACCAUUCAAGUCCAGGGGGACCAGAGUUUUUCCCUCAGUUCUUGGGCUCGUUGCUGCACCAUUUUCAUUCCGAGAGGAGUGUGCUAGAAGAAAGAGGUCCUUUUAUAUUGAGACAACUGUGCGUUCUUCUAAACGCAGAGUCAAUAUACCGCAGUUUAUCACAAAUUUUGAUUGGGGAGGAAGAUUUGCAGUUUGCGCGAAGCAUGGUGGACUGCCUGCACGAGAUCUUGCUCACCUCAAGCGAACUUGCGCAUUUGAGGAGGGAGCUGCAAUCCUUGACAACAUCGGAAAGUGCUUCACUCUUCGUCUGCCUUUACAAGACUUGGUGCCACAAUCCUGUGGCAACCGUAUCAUUAUGCCUGCUCACACAGUGCUACCCUCAUGCCAGUACUUUGAUUAAAUCUUUUGGUGAUCUUGAAGUUACAGUAGAAUUUUUGGUAGAGCUGGACAAGCUGAUCCAACUGAUUGAAUCUCCAAUUUUUGCACAUUUGAGACUGCAGUUGCUUGAAUCACCUCAACCUCUAGUGCAGUCACUCUAUGGUAUUUUGAUGCUGAUGCCCCAAACCGAGGCAUUUCACACCCUUCGACGUCGGCUUAACUGCGUUCCAAAAGUUCCAGAUGCUAAAUCAUCAUCUUGGAAAGAAGAUCGAAGUGAAGUCAAUAAGAUUGAUUUUGCCAAGCUCUUUUCUCAUUUUAAAGAUGUCCAAGAGCGCCAUCUCAUUCAGAGACAAAAGGGAAAGAAAAAUAAUGUUCUGGCAGUCGGAAUGAGCCUUGAAUUUGAUUGAAUAUCAGUGGUUAAAAAAGGUAUUAGUUUCACCACCAUGUAGUGAAUUUUUUAUUGAUAAAUUGUGAGUUGUGUGCAAAUAUAAGUCAUUCCAUUAUCGUGUGAACUCUGAAAUCAUUUAUUAUUGAGUAUGUUAAUGUGAAAUAAAAUAAAGCAAUAUAGUUUCUUAAAUAUAAUUUAAUUUUU